GAAAAGUCAAACUCACCAUUUAAUCUCUUUCUUCUUCCUCGGGAUGUCAUCAAUUUCUUCAUCUUUAUCCUCCCACCCAGAUCUACUCCCAUGGACGGUGACAAGAAGGAUCAGCUUCCUUCCAUUGAAUCUACUUCUACAACGGCUAAAAUGAAAGCUAUUCAACCUAAGAAACUUCCCCCUUGCAGAUCUGAUCAAGUGUUUGUCCCUUACAUGAAAUCCCAUAUUUUGGGUCCAUAUUUCGUUUCUCCUCCACCUAUUCCUUUUAAACUUGUAUACCCACAACUAAAAGACCAUCCUUUUCCUUUCCAAGUGAAGCCCAAUUGGAGCAAGUGGGUUGGCCAAGUCGGACCUUGGCCAACUUGGAGAAAAUCUAAGUCGAUCUUGAGUUCUGCUUUACUUUUUUGGACUGUUUCUUUCAAUUGCUUCCACUUCCCAUGUGGCAUCAUGUUCGUGAGUCUCUUCAACAUCAGCUCGUUGACCGGACUACCUUGCACGGCAGAAGAAAUUUCUGCACUUUUGACCAUGCCACUAGGUAUUGAAUACGACCACAAAGAUCUGAAGCCUUCAUUUCCAGCCUUUAUGAGAUCUGCUUGUAACCGAAGCCCCACUAAAGAAUUUAUUCCGUUGGUUGUCGCUCUAGUUCACGGUAGACAUUUAGCUUUAGCUUUAUUCCUAUUUUUCAACACUUGCUCUGUCCUAUCUAUUAUACCAAGUCAAGCUCUUCUUACCUACAGCUUAAUGUCCAAAGAUGCUACAGAGAAUAAGAAGAGUUUUGAGGAAUGCUUCAAAUUUUUUGCUUCUCUUCCUAUUGAUAGACUUGAUGCAGAUUUCACUAUGCUUUUAACACCUCUACCACUCACUAAAAAACUUGAGGAAAAAGAUGUUAUAGAGGAAGGAGGUGACCUGGAAUCUGCAAGAGAUCCUAUUGAAGAAAAAUCUGACGAAAGUGGUGAAGAUGAUUCUGGCUUCUGUCACUCAAAAUUUGGCGAUCAAUCUUCACCAGCCACAAAAAGUUUUAUUGUAGAUAUUACUGAGAUUGAUGAUGAUUUGGAAAAUGAGCUUCUUGCAAAACUGGACAUGUUGGCAAACCUCCCUGUCAAGUUAGAAUCUACUCUGGACAACAAAAGGAAGAUUGUCGCAGAGGAGACAAACUCAGAUGUCAACCUUCCUUCCCAAGAACAAAUUAGGUUUGCCAUUCUCACCUUGCAAGAGCUUAUUGACGGUGACCCUUCCGAUUUUUGUAGAGUGCCAGAUCAACAAGUCGCCUUCCAAGCAGCUCAAGUGAUGAUAGUAGAAUAUGCUAGGAAAUUUGUAGCAUAUAGUACUACUGCCGUAUUUAAAAAGAAGGAUGAGUUUUUGGCAGUUAAGGAUGCUCAUACUGCACAAAUUAAACAUCUUCAAGGUCUUAGGGAGGAGAUAUCUAACCUCGAAGCCAAGCUCGUAGAACUAAGGAAACAGAUUCCCCUUGUUGAGCAAGCAGAGAAGAGCUUGGCAGAACAGCGAAACAAGCUUUGUGCAAAUAUGGAGGUGGGCUUGAAACCUAUUUCUGAGAUCAAGGCUCAGCUUCCUUCUUUCACGGCCUCUGCAGAUGAAGCCGCUGAAGAACUCAAAAAAAUGAGGGAAGAAUGGAGUAAUUGGCAGAGCAACUUUUGUUAACUCCUCCCUAUAUGCUUAUUUUGUUCUAAACUAUAUUUGCAUGUCAUGAUCCUUGAACUUAAUGUUUAUGGCCAAAUGGUCAUGGGAAUUGUGACUUUGAUGUUGAUAUUGGUCUUUGUUCAUACCUGUGAAAACUUGCUUGCAUAUGUUGUUCAUAUUCUGUAACAGGUUGAAAUCUUGCUGCUCUAAUUGCUCACAGUUAGAUUUGGCCUACUUACAUAUUCGGUUCAGUACUUUUAUUGAAUUACAGAAUGCUUAACAAUAAAAGAAAAUAUUGUAC